GCCAACGUGUCUAUCGCUCAGUGGGUCAUCCUGCCGCGGUGCAUUCUCUUGGAGCAUUGGGGCCAGCCACAUAUGUUUGCCAUUCUCGCGACGUGCAGUUGCAUCGUGACCACCCAGGACAAUCAUGGCAAAGAGACAAAAGUCGUCGAUUGCAGCAGGCAGUGUCCCUGUGCCAAGGCAAGUGCCCUCGCUUCUCCGUGACUUCUUCAACGGUCCAGUCCUGGCCUUUUGCGCAGUCCUGGCCUUUUGCACAGUCCCGACGUUUCGCACAGUCCUGGCCUUUUGCACAGUCCUGACGUUUCGCACAGUCUCGACGUUUCGCACAGUCCCUACACCAGCCCUCCUAUUGCGUUGGCCGCCGGCAAUUUCGUCUUCUUUGUACCUGAGAUUCUGCUCCAGUCACUCGGCGAUCAAUGGCGCUCGGGAGCAGACAACAGAAGGAUUGAGCUGCACGACAUUGAUGCAGAGACUGGCCACAUCAUCGCGCACUUCCUGCACACACGCACCUAUCAGCCGUUUCCUGUUCAUCCAGACCACGCGGAGGAAGAAGCGCCCAAAAAGCCCAGAGCUGAAUUCAAGAAAGCCAUUGCAGCGUUUAUCGCUGCUAAAAAGUACGGACUGACCGCCCUGCAAGAGCUGGCAAAGCAUGAAACGGAGCGGUGUGCCGGUGACAUCACCGUCGUCCAGGCGGCACAUGCAAUCGGCAAAGAUACGUUGACAUGUCUGCACGAGGAUGCUGGCUGGCUGCAGGAUCUUGUGCU